CGUGUAUGCCAACUUUUCAAGUGUUUACAAUGCAAUGUUUGAAAAUUGUUGUAUUAAUAAUAGGAGGAUGGUGUGCCAUUGUUUCUGGCAGAGGAGUAAAUGGGGGAAUGAGUUGUGCCGUGUGCACCGUGCUCAUGGGUGUCGCAAUGCAAGUUGCAGAAAUAAAAGAAGAAAGCAUAGCUAAUGCUACAAAAAGACUGUGUACCUUUCUUCCUGGUAAUGCUAAAAAAGAAUGCUUGUCUUUGGUUGAGGAUGUGGAACCUUUAUUUUUAAAUAUUUCCAAAAAGGCUACUCCAGAUUUACUAUGUAUAGCAUAUGGUACUUGUAAAGUGGACCCUGGUCAACCCUUAUGUCACUUAUUUCCUUUACCAUUUAUGGAGGAAGAAUUUCUAGAAACUGCUAAAAAAAUGGCAAUCUCUGCAAACUUAGUUGAGAAAAUAGACGUUUGUACUUUUUCCGUGAUAAAAGACAUAUGCAGGAUAUUAAAUAAUUCAUAUACUUCCUUGAAACCAGCACAAGAUCAUGAUGAAGAUGGUUUUAGCAUCAUCUCAUCUGCCAGAGGUUUUGACUGGAAAGGCAGAGAUUGUAACGACAAUAAUCCCGAUAUAUAUCCUGGAAGGCUUCCAUAUAAAAUGGACGUAGGUGAAGAUUCCAAUUGCAAUGGGAUAUAUGGCAUGGAUACAAAAACAAACACUCCUUGGGAAGAAGUACUUUGUAAAGGAUCCAAACCGAGCGGUCUGAUAUAUAUAGGUGAUUCCAUAGGUGCUCAUUUCCACAUGCCGCAAAUUUGGAUAAAUCCCAUUGAGUUUACUUGGCCUAGCCUUAACGCCAGUGAUGUUAUUUUAGAUGAGCUGGACUGGCCGCAAUUCGGAUUUGCCACUGGAUACAAAAAUAUAUCCGACAAUAUUUUAAUCAAGGGCGCAGUGGAUUCAUUAUACCUCCGUUUAAAAAAGAGAAACCGCUGCAACCAUAGAGAUUAUCAAAAUCUUUCGCAAAACGGUGCUUCAAGCUUCGAAGGGAUCGAACAUGCCAAGUCUGUCAAUAGAAAUCAAACAGUUGACAGUCCUGCAAUUGUCAUCUACGCCAUGCAAGGCAAUGACGUCUGCAACAAUUUUCAAGAUACCAUCGCACAUAUGACACCCCCAAAGGUAUUCGAGGAUAAUAUCAUGAAAACAUUGGACAUUCUAAAUGGCAAACUUCCAAGGAAUAGCCACGUCCUUCUCAUGGGUUUAGUGAACGGGAAAAAAACUUUUUCGCAGAUGGCUGAGAGGCUUCACCCCAUUGGAGUUUUACAUAAUAAUGUGCACUACAAAAAUGUAUACGAUUGGUUUAACUGCAUGCAGAUUGGUCCAUGCACAGGCUGGUUAAACUCAAAUGAAACCGUUAGAAGUAUUACGAGUGAGAAAGCUGGAGAACUGACGGAUGUGUUGAAAAGGAUUGUGAAAAAUCAAAAUUUUGAGUAUUUUAACCUACACUUUGUUGAAAAUCCAAUAAACCAGUUAAUUUUCGAUGACAUGAUAAACAUUCCAGACUUGCUGGAAGCCGUUGACAGCUUACAUCCAAAUCAGAGAGCACAACCAUUGUUGGCUACAAAACUGUGGAAGCAAAUGCUAAACGAUUUACCUAAAAAUGUUUUAGGGCCAACGAAUGUAUUUAAUGCAAAAAUAAAAAAAUUGUUUGGGGACCAAGGGGGUUACUAAUUUAAUGAAUGAUAUAACAAAAAUAAUAAAUUAUGUAUUUUUCGACAAUAAAUCAC